ACCUUAUUAAGGGUUGGUGUUCUCCUGAUGGCCAUUAUUGGUGUGGCGCUAGAUGAUUUUGCUGUAUUUGCUAUUCGUCUGCUGUGUUGUGAAGUGCUAUGAGCCUCUCUCUGCACAAUCUUUAGCUCGGCUGUCGAGUUUGAACUUAGGGUGCGGUCUGUCGUUGGACCCUGACGAUUCCAACAACCAUUUUGUCCAUUUGAACAAGACCCGGGUUCCAGGUUCGAAGGGCUCUUUAGAGGUCCGGGAAUAUAUCAAGGAUCAUUUUGAUGAGUUGAACAAGGAAGGGGAAGUGUGGCUGAUCGAGGAGGACAACUUUGUCGAAAAGGGUUACAACUUCUCCAACAUUGUUGUACAGACUGCUUGUGCGGAUGCGAGAGACAAGUUGGUCGUUGCUGCCCAUUAUGACACCCUAAUAAAACCUGAGGGGUUCAUAGGUGCCAUUGACUCUGCGGUUUCGUGUGGGAUCAUGCUCGAUAUCUCUAGAGCCCUCAACGGGCUACUACGAUCACACCUUGAUGAGAUGGAUAUGGGACUAGCGUUCAUAUUCUUCGAUGGAGAAGAGGCCUUUGAGAAGUGGUCCGCCACUGAUUCGAUCUAUGGUGCUCGUCACCUACACUCUAAGUGGAUGAAAUCAGCAGAAUUGGCUACCAUUGACCUUUUCGUCCUGCUUGAUCUUUUAGGCGGUGAGCUCAACUACGUUCCAAGCUACUUCCCUCAAACUCACGAGAAUUACAACGAUAUGGCCAUUCUGGAAAGAAGGCUUCUGAACGAUUUCCCCGAGAUAAUGAAGAGCCAGAACUUCUUUGCAAACCCAUCGGACUACGAAAGGGAGUACUUUGGAAUAAUUGAAGACGACCAUAUCCCCUUCCUAAGAUCAAGAGUGCCAGUUCUACACCUGAUUCCAAGUAGGUUCCCCGAAACAUGGCAUACAAUCAAUGACGACUUCCUCCACGUUGAUAUCAAUUCUAUCAAGAGGUGGAACUACCUCAUGGCGGCCUUCAUCAUUGAAUAUCUAGAAUUGCCCGUAUAAACUAAGACAUCACUCUGUGCUAAUGUGU